AUGCCGUUUACCAAUCUGUGGAAGAUGCGCGGGGAAGACGUGGCAGCCAGUAGCCUCUACGGACAACUUCAAAAAGACGGGUUCGUCAAGGAUGAAGGAAACGCGAUGAUUUCCAAAAUCCGAAGGCAAAGAGCUCCAAGACGAGCCAACGAGCACCACUGCACCCGGAUAUCGACACUGGACCCUUCCAAGUUGAAACCAGGAGACUGCCUCGACAUUUCAAGCAAAAGCGUUGUCACUCUCAAUAUCAACGACCAGCAGGUCGACUUCGGUUAUGCCCAGUGGGCGCUGAACAGCCAGAGGGCCAAACCAUUUCCACCCAACACGACCGGCUUCUUCUACUUCUAUCGCCCACCCGGAUAUAUAAUAGGUGGCUCGAUCCGCUUUCGCAUUGUCCAAAGUCCAGAUCCCGCACUUUUCGAGGAUGGUCGUGACCUCGUCAGCCCAACCGGCAUGUUAUGGGCGCUCACAAUCCCUCAGCUCUGGUUGAAGCACGGCAGAAACCCCGGCGUCAAUACGCCUUACGCCAUCCUACGGAGGGAAGGACUUGUUUCAACCGAGGAGGAUAUUCAGAUCACAGCCCUCAUUGAACCUCAAGCGAAAUGCCUCUACUUCUACCCUCGCAGUACCUCUAUCCUCGGCCACGUCUCACAGCCGUUCUUCCUUAACUUCGGAGUGCGACACAAGCUGCUUCAUCUUGUCAACAAAGAAGGGAGACUCUCCUACUUCAAGUUGUGGUUUGCAAAAGACAAAACAGUAUACUCAGGCGCAGGCCUAGUCCGCUACGAGGUCAUCUAUCGUUCUACCAAACCCGGAAAGAAACUCAUUCCAGUCAUCGUCCUUCGUGUUCUCAAGAUUCUCGUUCCUCCUAACGAACAUGCCAGAUACAAGCAAGAGGAAGGAGAACUUUUGAAGGAACUUGACCAUAGGUCUCCGACGGGAGAAGCCAUUGUCCAACGGCGAGUGGCCGAAAGUAUAGCUGCCUUUAAGGAGCUAUACCAAUGUUACCCAGCGAGCUCUUCGAGGACCUACAUUUCCAAUGGAAGACCAUUGCUGCGCAGUCAGCGGAUAGUAGAUAAGCAACAGAACCCGAGACCAAAAGGCCUCGGAACCUAA